CGGCUCCCAGAUGCUCUACCGUUUGAUAUUCUGCCCGACAGUCUGCGGCCUAGCGAAGGGAUGACCACAUACUCUGCUGAUGUUCUCGAACAUGAUGGGAUCACGAAGAGUCUUUGGCUCACCGUAUCGUUAUACGUAUGUGCUCUCACGGAUAUUCUCCAUGACGAUCCAGAUUGGGAGAUUCUAUCCUACACACUGUGCUACUUGCCCCUUCAACUUUCGAACAAGCAUCUAUUCUGUGGGCCGAGAACGCGAAAAACGAUUGGAAAUAUGUUGUCUAUUCUCUGCAACCUCAUAUUAACGGAGCGUGUCGGUUCGAGGACGGUGUUACCUGCUGACCUCAAGGUUCCCGAUGUCUAUGGCCUAGCAUACCAAACCCUGACAAUACUCAUCGGCUAUCGAGAUGCUUUCGAAUCGCAUGAUCGUGGAAUUUCUGAACAAAUCGUGCAAGCGUUCACCCUUGGCUUGAACAAACAUCAUACUCUGGCUAAACCAUGUCUACAAGCGCUCUCUAUUUGCGCUUAUGAGUUGCAAAAUUCCACUGCAAAAUUUCUUCCGCAGAUUUUGGAAAAGCUUGUGCAGAUCAUGUCGCAACCGGCCAUCUCCCGUCAUAUCCUCGAGCUCUUAGCGAUUUUGGGAACCAUACCCGAGAUUUUUUCCAAUCUCCGCGAAAUACACUUCACCCUCAUUUUUACGGCUGCGGGUCGGUACAUUCAACGUCACAGCCGUCCUGUGCAAGUCAGCAUGUCUUCGACUGGUGUGGCUCACGUAGGAGGCGAGUCUUUUGCGCUCUCCCAGCAUAUCAACAUUCUUGCAUUCUACGUAAUCUAUUUGUGGUUCCUUGGCAUUAAGCUUCCGGAACGCGAGCGAUACAUCAGUUCCAUAUCUAAACACCUGAACAUGGUGAACGAAGGAGGAAAUGAAGGAAUGAUGGAGAUGGUAGAAAUUUGUUUUGACUGGCUCACGAGGUACACGUACAGUAAUACUACACCCAAGCCACCACACACCAUCCAGCUUGGUCAAGCAAAGCCUGGAUCGAAAUCCUGGCUUGUAGGUAAUUCGAUUUUGACUAUUCAGAAUCUUCCAAAACCUGGAUGGGUUGCGGUCACGUCCAGAAGGCCUUCAGGUAUCCUUCACCUCACCACCAGAAUCGACAAUAUCACAUCAGAGAAACUGGAGGAUGUCGAUCCUAAAUCCUUGUUGCUGACAAUAGGGACCAAAAAUGAAGUCGUGGUGCCUGGGACUUCAGAGGCCGUCAAUUAUCUUACAAAGUCCGAAAAUCUUGCCACAGAUCCCUCUUUUCUUCCUCUGCAGCUCUCCCAAUUCCCACACAGUGGCGCCGGUCCUCAUGUCCUACCACACUUUAUUUCUCACGACGAGUCCUUCGUGCGGACCCUCCGAGUACUGGACUACACUCCUGUAGUGGAUCUUCAUAAGAUUGGCGUCAUGUAUGCUGCGCCGGGCCAGACCACCGAAGAAGAGAUCCUUUCAAAUGAACAUGGCUCUCCCGCGUACACCCGCUUCCUGCACGGACUCGGUCGUCUCAUUGAGCUGAAGGGCCAGAAAGAUUUGUAUCCAGGUGGCCUCGACACCUCUGAAACCUUGCUGGAUGGCCCAUACGCUUAUGCCUGGUGGGAUGAUAUUACGCAGAUCAUUUUCCACGCGGCAACGAUGAUGCCCAACAUGGAGCAUGACCCCAAGCGAAUAAUGAAGAAAAGCCACAUUGGCAAUGAUUGGGUACGCAUCAUAUGGAAUGAUUCGGGGAUUCCAUACCGGUUCGACAUGCUUUCCACUGCAUUCCAACUCGUGAAUAUCAUUAUCGAGCCUCACAGUGCUGGCACGGUUGCCGCGUUCUCAAACUCAUCUCAUGAGAAUGAGUUCUUCAAACUCACACUUCAGCGAGCACCUGGAAUGCCCGAGUUCGGACCUGUGGGCGAGUUCAAGCUUCUGAGUGCGAAGAAUUUAGCAAGUUAUGUGAGACAGGUGAGCUUGCUUGCUAGCCUGUUUGCGCAAGUCUAUGAUUGGACGAAAAGGGACACAGUGCAAGAUGAGUACGUGACCAACUGGAGGAAACGGUUGCAAUUGAUAAAGAAACUGAGGCCAUCGGCUCUCCAUCCGACUGCUGACAUACAGGAUCGAAAGCAGAAUGGAGAGGCAAUGACAUUUGGAGAUUUCACACCGUAUUAUUCUCGUAUCGAGUGAAUCAAAUGCCAGAUGAUGAUCUCACAACGUGUGCAGCACUGGUGCAUCACUUCUAGGAAUGUAUUCUGAAUUAUGGUUGUUUGUCUACUUUGGAAACUGCAU